AUGCCGCUGCUGGUGGGCGCGCUGGGGGCCCUGUUGCUGGCCGCCCUCGGCGCUCUCUUCCUGGGCCGGUGGCUGGUGGUCCGCUUGGCUACCAGGUGGUGCCAGCGGAGGCUGCGGGCCGAACUGAAGAUCGGCUCCUUCGGCUUUUUCUGGAUCCAGAACGUCAGCCUCAAGUUCCAGCAGCACCCGCAGACGGUGGAGGUUGACAGCGUGUGGAUUUCCAGCAAGCUCUUAAGCCAUGAGUUGCCGCACUACGUGGCCCUGUGCUUCGGAGAAGUGCGAAUCCGAACCGACCUACGCAACGUCCCCCGUCUGCCCGCCCCCUUCGCCCGGGGCAGCGGCCGGGCUCCCCAGGACCUACCUCUCAGCCCGACCCUGCUGAGGAUCGCCUGCCAGCUGUUCUCCGUCCACGUGGACUCUGUCAACAUCAUGGUCCUCAACGUGGCCACUUCAGAGUCCCUGUGGCACAUCCAAAUCAGCCGGAGCCGCUUUCUGCUGGAUAGCGAUGGGAAGAGGCUGGACUGCGAGGUGAGCCUAAGCCAGGUCAACAGCAAAGUGCUGAAGAGCGGCCAGUCGGAGGACACCUGCCUGGCGGAGCUGUCGCUGGCCCUGGACCUCUGCGUGGAGCUGGGCUUCAGCUCCCGGCGGUUGAAAGCCAUCACCCUGGGUGUGUGGGCCCUCCACGCCGAACUGCACGAAGGCCUCUUCCACAGCCAGCUGUUGCGCCAGCAGCUGGCCCUGGCCGCCUCCCCGAGACGCGAGGUGGCCGAGGACCGGGCCGAACCGACUCUGCCCGGCCUGGACCUCCUGACUCAGCUGCCGGGGCGGGUGAAGGUGGAGAUGGAGAACACAAGCGUGGUGCUGUCCAUGAACAGCCAGAAAAGGCAUCUCAACUGGUCCCUGAGAACGCUGCAGUUCGUGUUCCAGCGGGACGAGGAGCAGCUGCCCCUCCGCAGCUUCACGCCGAACACCGACAUGGCGCAGAUGAGCACUGAGCUGCUCCUGGAAGAGGGGCUUCUGCUGUCUCAGAGCCGUCAGCGCAUCGUCUGCCUCAGCUCCCUGAAGGCCAGCGUGCAGGUGACCACCAUUGACCUCUCAGCUGCCGUGGUUCUCAAUACGUGCAUCGUCCACUACCGGCACCAGGAAUUCUCCCACUGGCUGAACAUGCUGGCGGUGGAGAGCCGGCGGCCCGGCCCGCCGUCCCCUCGCCGGGCCGGGGCCAGGAGCUUCCCCCAGAUCCUGGCUCCCGUCAUCCUCAGCACCUCCAUCUCCAACGUGAACAUAUCUGUGCAGCUUGGGGACACGCCGCCCUUCGCCUUAGGUUUCAAUUCCAUCUCCCUGGAUUACCAGCAUCUGCGGCCCCAGAGCAUCCAUCAGCGGGGCGUGCUGGCCGUGGAUCACCUGUGCUGGCGUGUGGGCAACGACUCUCACAUCCAGCGGGCACCGCACCCCCCCAACAUGCACGUCUGGGGCGAGGCCCUCAUCCUGGACUCCUUCACCCUGCAGGGCAGCUACAACCAACCCCUGGGCUUGUCCAGCACGCAGGCGGACACCCUCUUCCUGGACUGCACCAUCCGCGGGUUGCAGGUGGAGGCCUCGGACACUUGCGCCGAGUGUCUGUCCCGCAUCCUGGCGGUCGCGGGCCCGCGGCCUGGGGAGCCGCCGCCUCUCCCCGCGGGACCCUCGCCCGCGGAAGGCCAGGCCCUGCUCUGGAAGGUGGACCUCAAGGUGGAGGACGUGAAUCUGUUCACCCUCUCGAGCCUGGUGGGUGCCUCGGAGGUGAGACUGGACACGCUGACGGUCCUGGGCAGCGCCGAGAGCUCCACGGUGGGCGUCCAGGGCCUGGUCCUGGCCCUGGUCAAGUCAGUCACCGAGAAGAUGCAGCCCUGCUGCAAGGCUCCCGACAUCCCGACGCCGGUGCUCAGCCUCUCCAUGCUCUCCGUCACCUACCACAGCAGCAUCCGCUCCCUGGAGGUGCAGUGCGGGGCCGGGCUGACCCUGCUCUGGAGCCCCCCGGACCACAUGUAUCUGUACCAGCACGCGCUGGCCACCCUGCAGUGCCGCGACCUGCUGAGAGGCUCCUGCCCGUCGGGGCCCGAGACCCCCGCCGGGGCGCCCGCCCCGAAGCGGCUGCUGAGCCUGACCCUGGAGGUGAGCGCGGCCAAGCUGACGGCCUUCGUGGCGGAGGAGCGGUUCGUCACCCUGGCGGCGGAGAGCGUGUCCCUGAGCCGGCACGGGGGCUCGCUGCAGGCCUACUGCCCCGAGGUGGCCGCCGGCUUCGACGGCCACGCCAUCUUCAGCUUCAAGGAGGUGGAGGUGCAGCUGCUGAGCGAGCUGGAGGAGAUGAUCCUGCACCGGACCCCCUUCCCCUCCCUGGAGACGCUCCGCAACCGCGUCUGGCUCCUGGCCCUGGGCGCCGUGUCGGUGGAGUUCCCCUACCAGUACGACUUCUCCCGCACCCUGGACGAGGCGGUCGGGGUGCAGAAGUGGCUCCGGGGGCUCCACCGGGCGGGGGCCGCCCCCGGGGGCCCGGCCGCCCCCGCCCCGCUCCCGCCCGACCUCCUGGUCAAGGUGCAGCACUUCUCCUGGGUCUUCCUGGACGACGUCUUCGAGGUGAAGCUGCGGGACAACUACGAGCUCAUGAAGGACGAGAGCAAGGAGAGCGCCAAGCGGCUGCAGCUCCUGGACGCCAAGGUGGCGGCCCUGCGCAAGCAGCACGGGGAGCUGCUGCCGGCCCGCAAGAUCGAGGAGCUGUACGCCUCCCUGGAGCGCAAGAACAUCGAGAUCUACAUCCAGCGCUCCCGGCGCCUCUACGGCACCACCCCCAUGCGCCGGGCCCUGCUCACCUGGAGCCUGGCCGGCCUGGAGCUGGUGGCCCUGGCGGACGCCUCCUUCCACGGCCCCGACCGGGUGGUCCGCCAGCUGCGGGAGCUGGACCCCGGGAGCCCCUUCCCCGCCGACGGGCUGGACCUGGUCGUCCACUGGUGCCGCGUCAUCAGGGCCAACGUCAAGACCUUCCUGGUGCGGAUCCGUGACUACCCCCGCUACCUGUUCGAGAUCUGGGACUGGCGCCUCGUGGGCCGGCUGGUGGGCACCGAGCAGGGCGGGCAGCCCUGCUCCCGCCGGCGUCAGACCCUGCGCCUGGGGCCGCCUUGGGGCGACGUGGCCGUGGAGAGGAACAUGCCGCCGCUCAAGUUCUACCACGACUUCCGCUCGGAGGUGUUUCAGUACACCGUGGUGUGGGGCCCGUGCUGGGACCCGGCCUGGACGCUCGUCGGCCAGUCGGUGGACCUGCUGACCAAGGCCUCGGCCGACCCCAGCCCGCCCCUGCCCUGGUGGGACAAGAGCCGCCUCCUGCUCCACGGGGACUGGCGCAUGGAUAUCGAGCAGGCCAACCUGCACCAGCUGGCCACCGAGGACCCGUACAAUACCACCGAGAAUAUGCACUGGGAGUGGAGUCACCUGGCGUUUCACUGGAAGCCUGGCCAGUUUGUCUUUAAGGGCGACCUGGAUGUCAACGUGAGGACGGCCUCCAAGUACGACGACUGCUGUUUCCUGCACCUGCCUGAUUUGUGCAUGACCCUGGACCUCCAGUGGCUGUGCCACGGGAACCCCCACGACCACCACGGCGUCACCCUGCGGGCCCCCGGCUUCCUGCCCGAGGUGCCCCUGGGCCAGCUCCACGACUCCUACCGGGCCUUCCGCUCGGAGAACCUCAACCUCUCCAUCAAGAUGGACCUGACGCGGCACAGCGGGACCGCGUCCCAGCCGCGGGUCCUGCUGUACAGCAGCACGCUUCGCUGGAUGCAGAACUUCUGGGCCACCUGGACCGGCGUCACCCGGCCCAUCUGCCGAGGGAAGCUGUUCAGCAACAUGAAGCCGAGCAAGAAGAAACUGGGCCAGCACUACAAACAGCUCUCGUACACCGCCCUCUUCCCUCAGCUGCAGGUUCAUUACUGGGCCUCCUUUGCCCAGCAGCGGGGCAUCCAGGUGGAAUGCAGCCAGGGCCACGUCUUCACCCGGGGAACCCAGCGGCUCAUCCCUCAAGCGGGCACGGUGAUGCGGCGCCUGAUCUCGGAGUGGAGCGUGACCCAGAUGGUGAGUGACCUGAGCCAGGUGACGGUGCACCUGAUGGCCUCGCCAAGUGACGAGAGCAGUGACCACCGCCUCGACCUCCUGGUGACCAAGACCCACCUCCUGAGCCUGUCCUCGCUCACCUACAAGCGGCACAGCAACCGGACGACGGAGGAGGAGCUCUCCAGCCGAGCCGGGGACCCCGCCGUCCACACCCACCAGCUGCAUCUGGUGGACCUCCGGGCCUCCUGGACCACGACGAACCGGGACAUCGCCUUUGGCCUGUACGACGGCUACAAGAAGGCGGCGGUGCUCAAACGCAACCUCUCCACGGAGGCCCUGAAGGGGCUGAAGAUCGACCCCCAGCUGCCCGCCAAGAAGCCCAAGAGAGGCACCGUGGCUAGCGUCCCCGCCCCGCCCUGCGCCCACACCCCGAGCCUCGGCGGUCGGCCAGAAAAGGGGUCCUCAGGAGGGGCCUAUAUGUUGCAGAAGCUGAUCGAGGAGACCGACAAGUUUGUCGUGUUCACGGAAGAGGAGUCCGGGGUGAGCGAGCAGCUGUGUGGCAUCGCCGCCUGCCAGACUGACGACAUCUUCAACCGCAACUGCCUCAUCGAGCUGGUGAAUUGCCAGAUGGUGUUGCGCGGAGCGGAGACGGAGGGCUGCGUCAUCGUCUCGGCCGCCAAGGCCCAGCUGCUGCAGUGCCAGCACCACCCGGCCUGGUACGGCGACACCCUGAAGCAGAAGACCUCGUGGACCUGCCUGUUGGACGGCAUGCAGUACUUUGCCACCACGGAAAGCAGCCCCAGCGAGCGCGACGCCCGGCAGCUCUGGCUGGAGGUGAAGAACAUCGAGGAGCACCGACAGCGUAGCCUGGACUCGGUGCAGGAGCUGAUGGAGAGCGGGCAGGCCGUGGGUGGAAUGGUCAGCACCACCACAGACUGGAACCAGCCAGCGGAAGUCCAGCAAGCCCAGCAGGUCCAGCGCAUCAUCUCCCGCUGCAGCUGUCGCAUGUACUACAUCAGCUACAGCCACGACAUCGACCCCGAGCUGGCCACCCAGAUAAAGCCCCCCGAGCUCCCGGACCACCAGGAGAAGGAGGACCUCCUGAAGAAGCAGGAGGGGGCCGUGGACACGUUCACCCUCAUCCACCACGAACUGGAAAUCUCCACCAACCCUGCCCAGUAUGCCAUGAUCCUGGACAUUGUCAACAACUUGCUGCUGCACGUGGAGCCCAAGCGCAAGGAGCACAGCGAGAAGAAGCAGCGGGUGCGUUUCCAGCUGGAGAUCUCCAGCAACCCCGAGGAGCAACGCAGCAGCAUCCUGCACUUGCAGGAAGCCGUGAGGCAGCACGUGGCUCAGAUCCGGCAGCUGGAGAAGCAGAUGUACUCCAUCAUGAAGUCUCUGCAGGACGACAGCAAGAACGAGAACCUGCUCGACCUGAACCAGAAACUGCAGAUGCAGCUGAGCCGGGAGAAGGCCGACCUGCAGCUGGAGAGCGAGGAGCUCAACAUCCUCAUCAGGUGUUUUAAGGACUUCCAGUUGCAGAGAGCCAACAAGAUGGAGCUGAGGAAGCAGCAGGAGGACGUGAGCGUGGCCCGCCGCACCGAGUUCUACUUCGCCCAGGCCCGCUGGCGCCUCACCGAAGAGGACGGGCAGCUGGGCAUUGCCGAGCUGGAGCUCCAACGCUUCCUCUACAGCAAGGUGAAUAAAUCCGACGAUACGGCAGAGCACCUCCUCGAGCUGGGCUGGUUCACCAUGAAUAACCUCCUGCCCAACGCCGUCUACAAGGUCGUGCUGCGGCCACAGAGCGCCUGCCAGUCCGGACGCCAGCUGGCCCUGCGCAUCUUCAGCAAAGUCCGGCCCCCCGUUGGGGGCAUCUCCGUCAAGGAGCAUUUCGAGGUGAACGUGGUGCCCCUCACCAUCCAGCUGACGCACCAGUUCUUCCACAGGAUGAUGGGCUUCUUCUUCCCCGGCCGCAGCGUGGAGGACGACGAAGUCGGCGACGAAGAGGACAAGUCCAAGUUGGUGACCACGGGGAUGCCGGUGGUGAAGCCGCGGCAGCCGACGGCGGCGGAAGAUGCGGUGUCGCUGGGGCCCGGGAAGGGAGCGGCCCAGGGCCUGAACCGCGCCUCUGGGGUCAGGAGGUCGUUCCGGAAAGCGCCCGAGCAUCCCGUCGACGACAUUGACAAAAUGAAAGAGCGCGCCGCCAUGAACAACUCUUUCAUCUACAUCAAGAUCCCCCAGGUGCCACUGUGUGUCAGCUACAAGGGCGAGAAAAACAGCGUGGACUGGGGGGAUCUCAACCUGGUGCUGCCUUGCCUGGAAUAUCACAACAACACCUGGACGUGGCUGGACUUCGCCAUGGCCGUCAAGAGGGACAGCCGCAAAGCUCUGGUCGCCCAGGUGAUCAAGGAGAAGCUGCGGCUGAAGCCGGCCGCGGGCACCGAGGCCCGGGGCAAGCUGGAGACCAAAUCGGAUCCGCACGUGCAGCAGCAGCAGCAGGAGGAGGACGAGAAGGCCCGGCUCCUCAUCGGCCUCAGCGUGGGCGACAAGAACCCCGGCAAGAAGUCCAUCUUCGGCCGGCGCAAAUGAGCGAGGCGACUCGCCGGCCUGAGUCGGACUCGGGGGCCCGUUGGAAUCGGGGGACUCGGCGGGAGGGAGGGGACGGGCGGAAGCCACGGGGACAGCAAGGCGGCGAGGGUGGGUGGCACCCCGUCCCCCACCGACCACCCACCCUGGAAGCGGUCCCCUUACCCCCAGGCCUUAGCAGGUGAGCCCGUCGGGCCGGAUCUUACUCUGAGCCGCGGGGCCGGGCCCGGGCGGGAAACGGGGACUGGAUCCCUCCCCCAGGGCUGGAGGAGAACGGGCCGGGGAGGGGGAGGAUGGCGGGGCGGUUUAAUUUUUAUAAAUAGACAUAUUGAUCAAUA